UUACAGAGGCCAGGUGUGUGUGUAUGCGCGCGCGCUCGCUCGCGCAAAGAGGUCAGAAGUGGGCGUCGGAUCCCCUGGAGCUAGAAUUACAGGCAGUUGUAAACUGCCCGGUGUGGGUACUGGGAUCUGAUCUGUAUCCUUUGAAUGAGUAGUGAGUGCUCUUGACUACUGAGCUAUCUCUCCAGCCGCUCCCCCAACCUUUGAGGUUUCCUUUAAACCCUGAAGCCGUAUUUGCUUAAUUUUCUUUAUUAUCUAUAUUUUUUUGAAUUAUAAUUACAUUUUUCCUUCCCAUGUAUCCUGCUUGCUCUCUUUCAAAUUCAUGGCCUCUUUAGUUGUUAUGCACAUGUAUACUAUAUAUGUGAUAUAUAUCAUAUAUAUAUAUACACACACACACAUAUACAUACACAACCUGCUCAAACCUGUUUGCAUAAUGUUGCUUAUAUGUAUAUGUUUUUCAGAGCUGAUCUUAUAUUGUAUUGAAUAACCGGCUUGUGUGCUCAGCUCUUGGAAGGACUAUUGUAUAGACCAGGCUGGCCUCCAAUUUAGAGAUCUGCCUGCCUCUGCCUCUGCUGGGAUUAAAGGCGUGCACCACCACCACCUGGCAAGAGACAGAGUUUUACUUUGUAACCAAGUUGGACUCAAACUCGAACUCCUGUUUCAGGCUCCUGAGUGCUGAGAUUACAGCUACUGAUUUGAUUACUCGAGCUUCUUAAAAAUUCUAAUUUCUCAUCUUACAGUUAAUUCUCAGUCAUUUGCAGUGCUGUUUCAUUUCCUACUGGGGGCUGGGAAGUGGCUCAGUGGUUGAGAGAGCUGACUCUUCUUAUACAGAGUGUGUAAGAAAACAUCCUUCUGGAAACUUAGUUCUGAGGACUUUGAUACCCUCUUCUGACCUCUGUUGUGUGGUAUUUUGUGUUCUGACAAAUAAAGCUUGCCUGAAGAUCCGAGGGUGGACUAGUUAACCACAGAGGCCAGGCAAUGGUGGCACACACCUUUAAUCCCAGCACUGGGAGGAGGAAGCAGGAAGAUUUAGGAGUUCAAGGCCACACUGGGCUACAACUAGUCUAAAAGAGAAACAGAACCAGGUGGUGAAGGUUCUCGCCUUCGAUCCCAGCAUUUGAAGGCUCAUGCCUUUAAUUCCAGCACCAGGGAGGUGGAGAUGGGAUCUUGCCCAUUCGGUUUGAAGACUCAGAUAGAGAUCUUAAAAAUUGUACAGAAUUUCAAGAUGAGCGAUACUUCUGAAGCGACUCCAAAUUUUGAAGAGAUGUUUGCAAACAGAUUCACACAAGACGACAAAGAGUACCAGGAAUACUUGAAACGUCCCCCUGAGUCCCCUCCAAUUGUUGAGGAGUGGAAUAGCAGAGGUGGCGGCAACCAGAGAAACAGAGGCAACUGGCUGCAAGAUAACAGACAGUUUAGAGGUCGGGAUAACAGACGAGGAUGGCCAAGUGACAAUCGAUCAAAUCAGUGGCAUGGACGGUCAUGGGGUAACAACUACCCACAGCAGAGACAAGAGCCUUACUACCAUCCACAGUACGGACAGUAUGGCCCCAACCAGCGGCCUCCAUAUGGUUACUACUGACAGACACGUUGCGGCUUUAACAAAAGGCCAUUCAUUUUGAUAAUGUGCUAAAUGUUCGUUUGUCUUCUUUUGGUCAUAGUUUUUCAUUCUGUUUUACCGAAUGGGUUGUUAAUUGUUUAGAAUUUGAGACUUGAAAAUAAAUUGAUCUUGCUAGAGGUGUGACAAUUGAUGGGAAUAAAGUGUGGAUUAUAUUGUUUGGCUUUAUCUUAAAUACUGUUUGUUUUAUGAUUUAAUAGUGUUUUGAGUUUGGUAUGUUUUCCUUAUUUAAUCUCUAGGAGUUCUAUCUUUAACACAUAAAUUUUAAAUAGGAAAUGCUGGCUAUUACUUUAUAGAAGAGUUCCAGAUGUGCUCACCUUGGACGUUUCCUAGAGUGAGGACAGUCGGUCUGUGAAAAACACCUGUGAUUAUUUGUCAUGUAUUAUACACAGUAGCAGCAACUGAGAGGUAAAUAAACGUGAAUCCGCUCCUGAA